AUGGAUUUGGAUGUAGCGUUACAAAAGGCGUCAGAAGAUGAGGGAGACAGUCAGUACGAUGAAGUAUACCCGGGACGGGUACUUAAGGGCGAAAAUACACCAGGGAGCGCUAAAAUUCGAUACAUCAGGGGAUGUCGUGAACCAAAAACAUUCGCACGUUACACUUCCAGUCUAAAAAAUAUGAUACCAUUGCGGCCUUCUCAUAAACACGACCAUUCAAGUGCAAGUAGAGUUGACGAGUCGGGUUUAUUUUCAUUUAUAACGUUCAGUUGGAUAUUCCCAUAUUUGUGGGCUGCUUUUAGAGGUCACUUAAGUCAAGAUCAAGUAUGGAAUUGCAGCAUUUAUGAUGCAUCCAGUGUUAAUUUGGCAAGGUUAGAGUAUUUGUGGAAGCAAGAACUUCUGCAGCGACCAAACAGGCCAUCACUUUUUCGAGUCGUGUGUCUGUUCCUUAAGACGAGAAUUUGUGUUGCUUGUUUCGUCUUCCUACUCUGUCUGCUUUGUGGCUUCAUUGGUCCAGUGUGCUUUGUAAAGGGGUUGAUAUCAUUUGCAGAGCAACCGCCUCUUUAUAACAUAUAUCCCAAUCUUGGUUUUGGCAUUUUCUUGGCUUUUGCCAUUCUUAUAGUCGAAACAUUUCGAGUACUCUUAUAUGGAGCUACAUGGGCUGUAAGCUAUCGAACAGGUAUCAGAGUUCGUGGAGCCUUAUUGGCUUUACUGUACAAAAAACUGAUCGGUGUACGCUCACUGGGAACAAAAACUGGAGCAGAGAUAAUAAAUAUUUUUGCGAAUGAUGGACAGCGUUUACUUGAUGCGGUUUCAUUUGCACCAUUGGUAUUGGUUGGACCUUUGGUACUCAUUGCUGGAAUAAUCUAUCUUUUAACUGUCAUUGGACCAUGGUCAUUACUAGGAAUACUCACAUUCAUUGUUUUUGACACCAUGCAGAUUGUUCUUGGCAAAAUGUUGAUACGCUUCCGAGCUUCAGCAAUUAAAAAAACUGAAAAACGGAUAAAUUUAUUGGGUGAAAUAAUCCGUUGCAUUCGACUUAUAAAAAUGAAUGCUUGGGAGGAAUCGUUCACUAAUGCAAUAAAAGAGAUGCGUCGCAGCGAGAAAAUAGAUUUGCGUAGAGCAGGACUGGCACAAAGCCUCACAAUUGCGUUCGGAUCUGUGGUACCCAUAGCGGCAUCAGUUUUCACUUUUCUUGGACUUAUAUUAUCGGGUGGGAAUCUUCUUGCUGGUGAUGCAUUUAGCACUAUAACGGUAUUCUUUAUCAUGAUGUUUGCCCUUCGGAUGAUUCCUUAUGGAAGCCGUUAUUGUGCAGAAGCAUUUACGGCAUUGAAAAGAAUACAAGAGUUACUGCUUUAUCCAGAAUACGAUCAACAAAUCCCAUUUUGUCAAGAUGCAAAUGUUGCGGCAAAUGAAAUGGUGUCAAACCUGGAUGAAACCAGUGAAAGAAGUCCUGUUGUUGCUAAUGAACAAAGCAGUAGUGAUUCAGCAGUUGCGCUUAAAAACAUCACUCUCAAUGUACGGAAGAAAGAACUCUUGGGUAUAUGUGGUCCAGUGGGAAGUGGUAAAACAGCUUUGCUUAGCGCCAUUGUUGGACAUUUAGUGCCAAAAGAUGGCUCGUUAAAUGUUUCGGGGCAAGCAGCGUUUGUAACACAGACACCUUGGAUUUUGAACCAGACAGUUCAGAGCAAUAUAUUGUUUGGUUUACCAAUGAACACAAGUCGGUAUUACAAAGCCAUCACCGUUUGUGAGCUCACGAAAGAUUUGGAAACAAUGAAAGCAGGAGGUCAGAAAACUCGAAUUUCACUGGCUAGGGCACUUUUUGCAAAUUGUCGCAUUUAUCUUUUGGAUGAUAUAUUUGCAUCCUUGGAUCGGCAAGUUGCUGAUCGUAUUUUCAAGCGUGCUGUCAAGGAAAUGCUAGCAAACAGGACUGUUCUCAUGGUUACUACAGAUAUCCAACGGUUAUCAAAAUGCGAUCGAGUUUGUUACGUGGAAGGUGGAAAGGUUAAAGCAGUAGGUACUCAUGAUGAACUGUUGGAGAAAUGUGAAGCGUAUGCUCUUUACUGCGAACGUUCCAUCUAUUCCGAUGAAAUUAAAUUAAUAUCGGAAACCGCAGAGGAACAAAACGCUUUCGGAGAUGAUUUUGUGAAAAUAGAUAGGCCAAAUAAAGCUGAUGAAUUUGCAAAAGCAACAAAAAUGUCAGACGAAUUUCAAGUCUCAACGUCUAUGGCGAAUCUUGCGAAAUCCGAUGGGCAAUUGGUCAUGGAUGAAGAGAAUUUUGGUUCGUCAGUUGUCUCCUGGACAACUUACAAGCAAGCUUUUAAUUUUGAACGUAUUUUGCAGUACAUCGAUGCAGCUGAUAAUCGUUGGAUUUGGGUAAUACUGUUGCUCGCAUUUGUUGGCAAUGUAGUUGCCUCAAUAUUUUCUACUGCUUGGCUGUCACAGUGGCUGAAAUAUGGACAUUCACAGGAGAUUGUGAAUAUCAGUGGAGAAAUCCGCGUCGAACUAAGUAGCAUAGCUGAAAGAGAACACACUAGCUAUUAUGCAGUCAUCUAUGGAUUUUCUGUAAUCAUUUUAUUCGUUUCAGGCCUUCUGAAAGCCCUUAUUUUUGUUCAUAUAUCAUUAAAUGCUGCAUCAAAAUUGCACAAUCGAAUGUUUGAUAGUGUAAUACGCGGCACUGUUCGCUUUUUCGACACAACACCAAGUGGAAGGAUUCUAAAUAGAUUUUCAAAAGAUAUGGAUGAAAUUGACGUAAAAUUGCCAUUCACAGUUGAAGUUUUCCUUCAAAAUUCGCUUACAUGUGUGGGCUUUCUGAUUAUGAUUGCAUGGGUUUUCCCAUCGUUCUUGCUUCCGUGUAUAUUUUUAUUCUGUAUUUUCACUAUUUUUGUCUUAUGUUUUCGAGCUGGCAUCACAAGUUUUAAACGAUUCGAAAAUAUAUCGCGUUCGCCGCUGUUUGAUCAUAUAUCUGCAAGUAUGGAAGGUAUCCAAACGAUUCAUUCACUUGGCCAAACGGAUGAUUUUAUUGAAACUUUAAAAAGCAAGCUCGACUUGAAUAGUGGAGCAAUGUUCAUGUAUCAGUCAGCAAUGCGUUGGUUAGCUGUAUGGUUGGAUUUACUGGUUGUUGCCAUUACUUUCAUAGUGGCGCUAUUAAUUGUUCUAUUGACCGGAAGUAUAGCACCAACAGAUGCUGGAAUGGCACUUGUUUUUGCACUACAGAUGAGUGGUAUAUUUCAAUUUGCGGUGCGCACACAAACGGAGCUCGAAGCAAAAAUGACAUGCGUUGAACGCAUUACAUAUUACAUCGAUCAUAUCGAGUCAGAAAAUGAUUGGAAAAUUGAAAAGGAUAACUCUUCUUUAUCAAGUGAUUGUCCUGUGGAAGGAUCCAUUGUUUUCAGAGAAGUUACGGUACGUUAUGGGCCAUAUUUACCUUUAGCUCUGGAUGAUGUUAGCUUUAGGAUUGAACCGGAAGAAAAAAUUGGAAUUAUCGGACGCACUGGAUCAGGGAAAACAUCGCUGUGUAAUGUCCUCUAUCGGUUAUAUCCACUGACAUCGGGUAUUAUUGAAAUCGGUGGUAUCAACAUAAAUCAUAUUGAACUUUAUCGGUUACGUCGAGCUAUGGCAGUGAUUCCACAGGAUCCGACACUUUUUGUUGGUACCAUUCGGUUUAAUAUUGAUCCAAACAAUGAAUUUACUGAUGAUCAAAUUUGGAUGUCUCUUGAAAAAACUUAUCUGAAAGAUAUGGUAUCUUCAUUAGAUCAGAAGUUGGAUUCUCCUGUCACUGAAGGUGGGCGUAAUAUAUCAGUAGGUGAACGGCAGUUGUUCUGUAUGGCAAGAGCUCUGUUGAGGCGAGUGCGAAUUGUAGUAUUGGACGAAGCAACAGGUAGCCUAGAUAAUGCCACAGACCGACAUAUUCAAAAAUGCUUGCGUGAAGCGUUUGUUGAUUGUACUGUUAUGAUAAUUGCUCAUCGUUUGGAAAAUGUUUUGGGCUUGGAUAAAAUUCUUCAUAUGGAGCAAGGGAAGAUCGUGGAAUACGACACAGUGCAGAACCUAAUGAAGGAUGAAAAUCAUCCCCUGCGACGUUUACUAGAUGAUCAGAAGCUGCUACAAGCAUUAGAGGUACAAAAAGAACAAAGCAUAAUGAAAAUGGCAGAAAACUCAGAAGAAGCAUCAAAAACUUCAAUAAAUGGAAGCGGUGAAAGUAGUCCUGAACAUGUUCAUCCGAAUUUUGCAGAGGCUUCUGGUAAGACUUCUCCGGAAACAUCAGAGUUUGAAAAGAUUAGUGAUAGUAUUGAUAAAGAAAUUACCACUAUGAGCAAUGAUAAUAGUGACCUCGAAGUCAUCAAUAAGUCAGAUGCCGAAUCAAAUUAUUAA